GUUCCCCGACCACCAAUUCUUCCAGGUCGAUUUUCCGCCAGUUUCUCACCACUAUUGCCCACAACACGCACCAUACGGGGCCGCGCCCGUACAUCAUCAACCUUCAUAGACCCCAUAUCCUAUAACUUCUUUUCCUGUCUGGGAUACUCAAGUUGAUGAUUCCAGACAGGCGUUCCUCAAUCCCAAUAUGUCGAGCUCACCAGAGCCCAGUCCCGUCAACGGCUAUACGUCGCCACAGACGGGAGGGAAUGAAAGAAUCGCCCUAGAUGACCGUGCUAGCGAGAGCGACCUGUCGGAAGUAAACGAUAAUACCGCCCUGCGAGAAUCCUCUUCCUCUUCAUCCCCCACCAAUCAUCAAUCACCUCAAAAUGUCGAACAAGAUCUAGACUCCCAAGGUGGUGCCGAGUCGAGCGAUAAUAAUGAAGACAAUAAUGCCUCAGAUGAUGCAGACUUUGACAUGGAGGAUAGCCCCGCUCCUUCCCAAAGUGACGCUCCCCAAGAUGAAACAUCGACUUCGAAUAGCUCUCGCCGUGCUCCUAAGAGAAAAGCCGGAGGCGACGAAGAUGAGUAUAUACGGGAGAAUCCUGAAUUGUAUGGCUUAAGGCGAAGUUCCCGCCCUACGAAGCAACCUAAGAUUAUUGAAUCCGAUGAAGAGGAUGACUCUGAAUCUGAUGUUGUUCCUACGAACCGUCGAACGAAGAAGCUCCGUGUAGAGCAGGUCUCGCGACAAUCCUCGAAACGUGGCACACCUGCCAGACAAACACCUGCCGAUGAUUCGGAUUCCGAUACUUACGGUGGAGCUCGUGCUCGCACAUUCAUCAAGAAAGCUCGCCGUCAACAAGCCCAACCGCAGUCCUUAUUGUAUGCUGAGAAGCGAUGGUCUAACAGACGAGCUGUGCAACAAGUCCAGACAUACCAUGAAAGUGAUAUUGACGAUGAGGAUGAGUCCGAGCUGACUCCCAAUUACUGGGCUGGCGAGGAGCUUGCUGAAGAUACCAUGUAUAUUGAGAAAGUCGUAGGCCAUCGCAUGAUCGAUGGUGGUGAAUUGACCCCAGACGCGACUAGAGACGAUUUCGAGUACAACAUCAAAUGGCAAGGUAAAUCUUACCUCCAUAAUACUUGGGACACUCUAGAGACUCUUCGUGGGUACCGCGGCUUCCGCAAACUUGAAAACUAUUACAAGAGGACUAUCGAAUACGAGAUAGAGCUCAAGUUUGCCGGCGAAGAUCUUCCACCUGAAACCCGAGAGCAAUACAUGCUCGACAAAGAACGCGAACAAGACGCCUUGGAAGACUAUACAAAAGUAGAACGCGUUGUUACCCAGCGAAGUGGCGACGAAGGACGAGAAUAUUUCGUCAAGUGGAAGGGUCUUACGUAUGAGCAUUGCACAUGGGAGCAAGCAUCAACAAUUGCUGAAAUGGCUCAAGACAAAAUUGAUCAAUUCCUCGACCGACAGUCACGGUCGUGGACAUCUGAUCGAUACGAGUCGAAUCCGGCCACGAGAAGCAAGUUUCAAAAACUUGAGAAACAACCCAGCUACAUACAAGGUGGCGAAUUACGAGGAUUUCAGCUUACUGGACUGAACUUCUUGUGUCUCAAUUGGUGUCGAGCGAAUAAUGUCAUUCUUGCUGAUGAGAUGGGCCUCGGCAAGACUGUCCAAACCGUGUCAUUUCUAAGCUGGCUCCGAAACGAACGCAAACAAGAAGGCCCCUUUCUAGUUGUCGCGCCUCUGAGUGUUAUACCCGCUUGGUGUGAUACCUUCAACCUGUGGUCCCCUGACCUCAACUAUGUUGUUUACCUGGGUAAUGCAGAGGCGCGAAAUACGAUACGAGAGCAUGAACUCAUGUUCAACGGCAACCCGAAGAAGCACAAGUUCAAUGUUCUUGUGACCUCGUACGAAUAUAUCCUGAUGGAUGCCGACUUCCUGAGAAGUAUAAAAUGGCAAGCUCUGGCUGUUGACGAGGCUCAUCGUCUGAAGAACAAGGAAUCCAAGCUAUAUUCAGAACUGAUGAGUUUCGGUGCCCCUGCUAAGGUCCUGAUUACCGGUACUCCUAUCCAGAAUAACUUAGCCGAGUUGUCAUCGCUUCUUGACUUCUUAAACCCUGGAAAAGUUCACAUAGACGAGGACCUGGAUACUCUUGCUGCAGCGGAUGCCCAAACGAAACUUCGGGACCUACACGCCGCCAUUGCACCCUUCAUCUUACGAAGAACCAAAGAGACGGUUGAGUCAGACCUUCCGCCCAAGACUGAGAAGAUCAUCCGUGUAGAACUUUCAGACGUUCAACUCGAGUACUAUAAGAACAUCCUUACCAGGAAUUACGCUGCUCUUAACGAGGGCAAUAAUGGUCAGAAGUCAUCUUUGUUGAACAUAGUCAUGGAGUUGAAGAAAGUCAGCAACCAUCCAUACAUGUUUCCCGGUGCCGAAGAAAAAGUUCUCAAUGGUAGUGAACGUCGCGAAGACCAAAUCAAGGGUCUGAUUGCCAGCAGCGGGAAGAUGAUGUUACUGGAUCAGCUUCUCAAUAAACUGAAAAAAGAUAAUCACCGUGUCCUAAUUUUUAGUCAGAUGGUCAAAGUCCUCGAUAUCCUCGGAGACUACCUUCGAUUACGUGGAUACCAGUUCCAGCGAUUAGAUGGCACUAUCGGCGCUGGUCCAAGACGUUUGGCAAUUAACCAUUUUAAUGCCGAAGAUAGUUCAGACUUUUGCUUCCUGCUCUCAACGCGAGCAGGUGGUCUGGGUAUUAACCUCAUGACUGCUGAUACCGUUAUUAUCUUCGAUUCAGACUGGAAUCCCCAGGCCGACCUUCAAGCGAUGGCAAGAGCUCAUCGUAUCGGGCAGAAGAAACCUGUAACUGUUUACCGUCUUGUCUCCAAGGAAACCAUCGAGGAGGAGGUCCUUGAGCGUGCUCGGAACAAGCUUUUGCUUGAAUAUCUUGCAAUCCAAGCUGGCGUUACUGACGACGGCAAAGCGUUCAGAGAAGAGUUCAAGCAAAAGGGUCUCAAGAUCGACGAAGCGAAGUCAGCAGAUGAUAUUCAAUGGGUAUUAAAGAUGCGGUCCCAGAAGAUGUUCGAGCAAUCUGGCAACCAACAGAGACUGGAACAGCUUGAUAUUGAUUCCAUUCUGGAGAAUGCUGAAGUUACUAAGACUAAGGUGGAUGACAAGAUGAAUCUCAGCACUGGUGGAAUCGAUUGGGACAAUUUCAUGCAAUACACAGAUGUCAAAGUCGAUGACCUCACUCUCGACUGGGAUCAAAUCAUCCCAGCAGAUCAGCUUGCAGCAAUUAAAGCUGAAGAGGAAAAGAAGAAGGAAGAGGAGUAUCUCGCAAAGGAAUUGGAAGCCAGUGCUCCUCGACGUGCUGCACUCAAAAGUUCGCGGCCCAAUGGUGACUCCGAACGAGCCGAACGGAUCGCGAAAAAGCGAGAAAGGGAGCAACUGAAGCAGGAACGUUUGGAGGAACAACGUGCCAUGCUCUCUGAUCCCCGACGUCCUCUUAACGAGAAAGAGACGCGUAAUUUGAUCCGCGCGUUUAUGCGGUAUGGUUUCAUCGAAGACCGUCCCGACGAGUUAUUGCGUGACGCUCGCUUAAGCGACCGAGACCGUGACUUCAUAGGAGGGUUGCUUCAAGACCUCGUCGACAUGUCUCGCAAUGCCGUGGAGAAAAAUAACGAGGAAAUUCGUGCUCAAGAGCAGCAGACGAAGAAGAAGUUGACUAAGAAGGAUAUAAAAGCUGUCAUGUUUGAUUUUGGUGAGGUCAAGAAAAUCAACGCCGAAACCAUACUAGACCGCCCUCCACAGCUACGACUUUUACGACGUGUUCUCAAUGAUCUUCCCGACUUCCGACAGUUCCGCCUCCCAGAUGCCACAAAGGCAGCACACUAUAGCUGCGAAUGGGGUCCUAGGGAGGAUGGUAUGCUCCUUGUUGGUAUUGACCGGUACGGCUUCGGCGCCUGGACUCAGAUUCGCGACGACAAAGAACUGGGGAUGCAAGACAAAUUUUUCCUAGAAGAACAUCGCAUUGAGAAGAAACAGGAGCGGGAAAAUGCUGACAGUAAGGGUGCUAAGGCGCCUGGAGCCGUCCAUCUAGUUCGCCGUGCAGAAUACCUACUAUCGGUCCUCACUUCGAUUCAUUCAGACGACGUUAAUGCUCAGAAGAUCGUUGAGAAUCACCAUCGUAAUAACAAGAAAUCUGGGCACUCUAUAUCCAAUGGGCAUCGUCGUCCGGAGAAGGGUGGCUCUGUAUCGGCGUCUCCUGCUCCUCAGAGUUCAAAGAAGUCUUCGCAUCGGGAUAGAGACCAUGACCGUUCUCAUUCCCGGGGAGAUCAUCAUCGUUCCCGUAGCAGUAUUGGAGAAGGUGGUACGCCAAGACCAGAGUCAAAGCGCAAGCAUAGCGGUGAAGCAGAUGAUCGCCGGCAUAAACACCGACGAUUGGAAGAGCUGCGGCGAUCUGAUAUUAAUCAGCAGCACGUCGAGGAUGAAGACGACGAGAGAAACGCUCCCGUAAUUGAAGCUCUCAUGCAGCCCAUUUGGACGCACGUCGAGAAAGUCGAGUCAUGCACCAAAGCGAAUAUUCCUGUGGCCAAGGCUAGAGCCAAGGUUUUGAAAUCUGAGAUCACUGCUAUUGGCAAUUUCAUCGAGGGCCUUCAUAAGACCUCAGGAUUAUCUUUAGACCAGCUAGAGGAACUGAAACCAAAGCUAUGGCGGUUUAUUUCUAAGAGAAUUCCGGCUUCCGAGAAACAGUCGUCUGGGAAGCCAGAUAAAGAGAAGGACAAAUCUGGGUCCAGCGGAAUGACCGGACCGCGACUAGCAGCGUUAUACCAGCAGCUUAAAGAGGCGGAGAAGAACGGCGAUGCUCAGAAGCCAAAGACUUCUGGUACAGCCAUCGCUAACGGGAGUUCUCGUGGCGAACCGUCCAAGGUAGCUAGCUAGAGAGACAAUUCUGGAGCAUGGCCCCUUAACCCGGUUGAUCAGGCAUGGUAAUAGCAUACACAAAAGCCGGUUGGCCACUCGUAUUCUUUUCUAUUUUUUUCUGCAUUGUAUGGCGUUUCGGUUCGACAUAUUAGAUAGGCGAGGCUGGAGUUAAAUGAAUCAUACCCACGAGAAAACUAUCGACGUUACAGGAGACCAGAUAUUUUAUGGUCGAUACGGUUAAUCAUACUCCAUCUUGUCUAUAUUUAUAGACCUCCGAUUUUGGCCGUGGUCGGAGUGUUCUAGAGAAGACCUGAGAGGCGAGAAAGGUCAUUAUAAAAUUUGCUUUCCAAGCAUGAUUUUCGCAUUGCAUUUACUCUUUUUACUCUACGAGGCUGCUACGAUAUUAGGUGGCCAAUCCGCAUGACAAACAACGAGCUAUCUCGGCAAGAACGGGUAUGGGAAAGACGGAGCAAACGAGAGGAGGAGUGGGGGGAGAGCAG